AAACAAGUCAGGAUUCCACGUGCUCCUGGGGACUCUCUCCCUUUCUUCUCUAUAUACUAUUUUCCCCACAACCCCACCAUUUUCUUAACUUACUUUAAUGCAUGUUUUUUGCUUCCAUUAACUCCAUCAACCCCAUACACCCCUUUGACCAUCUUCCUCUGUUUCUUCUCCUCACUCUUCUUCUUUCUCUCUGUAUUACACCUGCCAUUUUUCUCAGCUUUCAUCAUUGAACAGCUACAUUGUAGCAUUUUCCCAUCAGAAAUUUGAUCCCUUUUUAUGUGUUUCAUCCACCGUUAAGAUAUUAGAGUUUCAGCCCCAAUAAAAAUCCAAUCUUGGUUGGUUCUGUUUUUUGUAAAGAUACGUUUUUUAGUUUUUUGCGAUUCAUUGUUUUGGAGUUUUGGGUUGGAAAGAAAAGAGAGAAAAAUGGUGAUGGAAGUUGUUCAAGAAGAUAUGGGGGAUGGUAGCAUGCAAUGCACAGACCAUCCAUAUAAAAACAGCACCCCAGGUGGGAUCUGUGCCUUUUGUCUUCAAGAGAAGCUUGGGAAGCUUGUUUCUUCCUCAUUCCCUGUUGCUGUUUUCCCAUCUUCUUCUUCUUCCUCUUCAUCCCCACCUUCAUUGAGAUCUGAGUUUGGUCAUGGUGGAUUAGGAGGCAGUAUGAUAAACCCUUCUUCUUCUUCUUCUUCUUCUUCUGCAUCAGCUCUUGCACUCCGCCCUUCCCACCAUAAUGUUUCUUCUUCUUCUUCCACUAGCUUUAACCAUGUGGUGGGAGGAAACAGGAUUAAUGACUGUGAUUUUAGUACUAGUACUAAUGGUCAGUACUAUUCCAGAAGAUCCAAGAUGCCAUUUUUAUUGUCUCAGAGAAGGAAGAAGAAGAAGGAUUAUAAUCAUCAUGCUGCCAUGGGAAUGGGGGUUACUAGUUCAGAUGCAACAUCAACAACCAGCAGCAUUGUUUUCAAGAGGAGCAAAUCUACAACAACUCCAAGAAGAAUAGGAGGCAUUCAUAAUUUCUUGGAUGAGGAGGAAGAGGAUGCUUAUGCAAAUGAUGCUGCUGAUGAUUAUAGUCCCCACAAGAAUAAAGGGUUCUGGUCAUUUCUCUAUUCCUCUAAGCAUUCUGCAUCCAAGAAAGGUUCCACAAACCAGAGGGAAUUCAUAAGCUAUCCAUCCUCACUUUCAAGUGCGAGUGGAAUUGGGAUUGGUGUGGGCAGUGUAAAUGGUGGAACUUCAAUGAGAUCAAGGGAUAAUAAGAAAAGAGAAGAACUUGUUGUGGUUGAUGAGAAUGAGAGCCCUGAUCAAGCUGAACUUGAUAGGAAAGUCUCAAGGUCUAGAUCUGUUGGUUGUGGGAGUAGGAGCUUUUCAGGGGACUUCUUUGAGAGGAUUUCAACUGGUUUUGGAGAUUGCACUUUAAGAAGAGUUGAAUCUCAAAGAGAAGGUAAUAAACCUAAACUUUCCUCAAUGCAUAGAAACAGUACUGGACAGGAUUGCAUCAAGGAAAGAGUCAAAUGUGGUGGGAUUUUUGGUGGUUUCAUGAUCACUUCAUCCUCAGCAUCUUCUUCUUCUUCAUCAUCAUAUUGGGUUUCAAGUUCUGCUGAAGAUAAUAAAUCAGUAUCAACCCCAGGUGGGCAUAAUGUGAGACAUCUUGCUCAUGGAAGAAGCAGGAGUUGGGGAUGGGCACUUGCUAGCCCAAUGAGAGCCUUCAGUAAGCCUUCUUCACAAGGGAAAAGAGAAUCUUCAAGUAAGAAUUCAACACCAAAUUUGUCAGCAAUUCCUUCAUUGUUAACUGUGGGAGGCUAAUUGAUUCAUAUCUUGUUGCUGCUGCUGCUGCUGCUGCUGGAGUUUUCCUUACAAAGUAAAUUACCACUAUUAGCUUAUACUACUACUACACAACUUACUUUAAGAGUGUUGAAACUUGAAGCUGUGUUUACAUUCUCCUAAUGUUCUGUUGGAAUUCUUUUUUUUUUCUUCUGGGUAUUGUUAAAAUUGGAUUUAUUGUACUGUAUCUUUAGGGUGUUGGCCAAUUUGGUAUAUUUCUUGUCUAGAAAGUGUGUGAUGGAAGUAUCUGCUAAAAUAGAUCUCUCUUCAAUUUCAUAUUAUCAAGAUUUUUGUAUAUGGUUCAUUGGUUUUGGCAUGGAUCCAAUUAUGAUAAAACUUUCAGCAAACAAUGAAAGGAAUGUGUGCCAUUUUCUUCUUCAAAUUUGGAAUUGGAUAGCAC